AGUGUAGAGACUCCCCUUCCACUUUCUUCCUUCUUUCUCAUAGCUAACUUUUGAGAUAUUUUUGCCACUCUGCAUCUUUGCACCACCCUUUUCGUUUCUUUAACGUCUUCUCAAUCCUUCUGCAGAAAUUGAUUCUCCAUGUUCUGCACAAUCCACUUUGAAGAAGGCUCUUAAAUGCCCAACAUCUUGUUCUUGAUGUUUGAGAUUGAUGUAUCCAAUUCUGAGUGAAAUCUUCUUUUCCGGGUGUAUGAUCAAUUCCACUGUGAGACGCAGGACCCAUUUAGUUCAAUCAUUCUCCGUUGCCUUCCUCUACUGGCUCUACUACGUUUCAUGAUUUCUACCCAGAAUCAAACUUUCUAUUUAUAGUUUCUGUAUUACUGUUACUACUACUAUUUUUCAUCAGCGUUUUUCUUUUUCGGUUUUUUAAGUGUCUGGGUCCUGCGUCCUCCAAUCCAAGGUUCGAUUUUUCUUGUGUGUUUACGUUUUGAUUGAAGUGUUGGUCAGUUUGGAUGGCUUCGUCGAGUGGAACAUCUUCAGGGUCGUCUCUGCUUCAGAAUUCGGGUUCAGAGGAGGACCUGCAGGCGGUGAUGGAUGAGAGGAAGAGGAAGAGAAUGAUAUCGAACCGCGAAUCCGCGAGGCGAUCCCGAAUGAGGAAGCAGAAGCACUUGGAUGAUCUGGCAUCACUGGUGACUCAGCUGAGGAGCGAGAAUCACCAGAUUCUGACAUCGGUGACCCUCACCACCCAGAAGUACUUGGCGGUGGAGGCGGAGAACUCGGUGCUGAGAGCACAGGUAAGCGAGUUGAGCCACAGGUUAGAGUCUCUGAACGAGAUCAACCACUUCUUGAACGCCACCAAUGGUGUCUUUGGGCCUCCGGGCCCAUCUCCAACCUCCUUCCUUGAGCCCGAGGGUAGUAGCAACUUCUUCAACAACCCUUUCAACAUGGCAUAUCUCAGCCAACCGAUCAUGGCUUCGGCAGAUAUGUUGCAGUACUGAGAUGGGUUUGUUUGUGUUUAGGUUCGUGUUUGGUAGGGAGAUUGUAAUCGGUGGUGGCAGAGAGAGAGAGAGAGAGAGAGUGAGUGCGAUGAGGAAUAAUGAUGAAUGUGUAUCAUAUGAUAAAGUAGGUAAGCUUGUUGGUGCUGCUUCUGUGAACGGGCCCUGUGCUCUUCUCAUAUCAGAUCAUCCUAUUAUUGCAGCAACUGUACUUCCUGUGUUACACUUGCAGUGUUUAUGUAAUAUCACCAAAUCAUAUAACAUGUUUUAUUUCA